AUGUCACUGUUUUUAUUCCUUCAUCGCACCAUUCUGUCGUUACUGGCAUCAGCUGUUAGAUGGCAUCCCCCCACCCACGGUAAACUCCUGCCGCAGUUUCUAAGAAAAAGAACAACAGUCGCGGAUGAUACAAAUGUUCUUCAUCGCUUCUUUCUGUUGGAGUUGACGACUGGAAACGGAAAACACACAAUCUCUCUCUCUCUCUCUCUCACAAUCUCUCUCUCUCUCACACACAACCUUUCUCUCUAUCUCUCUCGAAAUUUUCUUAAAAAUGCCCUGGAAGCCCUCAGCACAUAUCUCUGGAAGCCCUGGAAGCCCUCAGCACAUAUCUCUAGAAGCCCUGGAAGCCCUCUAUACAUAUCUCUGGAAGCCCCCUACACAUAUCUUUGUUUUUUCUUGUUUCUCUCUCUCUCUCUCUCUCUCUCUCAACAUCUCUUUAUUCAUCUCUUUAUUUCUCUGUCACUAUCUUCUUUUGCUGCCUCUCUCACUCCAUCUUUUUCUCUCUCACUCUUUCUGUCUUUUCAUCUCUCAUUCAGUCAGGCUCUCUAUCUUUUUACUCUUAGUCUCCUUCUGUCAUUUCUCUCCCACUCUCUCUGUCUUUUCUCUUUCACUCCCUCUAACUUUUCCUCUCUCAUUCUCCCAGGUUCUCUCUCAUAUGACCCUUACUCCCCUUCUGUCAUUUCACUCUCACUCUGUGAUAUCUGUCUUUUUACUCUUACUUUCCUUUUAUCAUUUUUCUUUUCCUCUCUCUGUCUUUUCCUCUCUCAUUCUCUCAGGCUCUCUGUCAUUUUACUCUUAAUCUUCUGUCAUUUCUCUCUCUUUGUCUUUUUCUCUUUCACUCUCUCUGUCUUUCCUCUCUCAUUCUCUCAGGUCCUCUGUUAUUUUUCUGUUAAUGUCCUUUCGUCAUUUCUCUCUUAUUCUCUCUGUCUUUUUCUCUCUCACUCUCUCUUUCUUUCUUUGCCACUCACUCUCUCUGUUUUUCUCUCUCAGUCUCUUUAUCUUUUCUAUCUGAUUUCUUCAUUCUCUUUCUUCCCUACUCUUUGCACCCCACUCUUCCUAUAUCUGUUUAUCUCUCUCUUCCCCUCAUCUGUCUCUCUUUUUUACUGUUUCCAUAAAAAUGUUUCUCUUUCUUCCAUUAUUGUUUCUCUCUGUUCAUUGCUUUGUCCUUUUUUUUUUUUUUUCAAUCAUUUUCCUCAAAAUUUUCUCUCUAUGCCUCUUCAUUUCUUUCUCUCCUACUUUUUUUUGUUUCUCUCUUUUCUGGUUCUUAUAUUCUCUCUCUCUUUCUCUCUAAGUCUGUUCCCUCUCCUCUCUUUUGCAUCUACUAUUUCCUUGAUUCUUAUUCUGUCUCUAUUUCCCUUUUCUUUCUAUCUCUUCUUUGUUAAAACAAAUUGUCUUCAUUAG